AUGAACAAUGUGAACUCCGAAGAGUUGGGAAAAGUCGUUGCCAGUGCCAUUGCAAGUUAUUUGCAACCAAAUACUCAAAGACAAGGAAGAACCGAAGUCAAUUCCGCCUCGACCAGUAGUACUACAUCGAGUGCUACCGCUGCGCGGGGUCAGGUAAGAACUGCACAACUCUACUCUAUAUUUAUAAUUUCCCUACAUUAAAACCUUCUAUUACAUGACAAUUAAUACAAAUUUAUAUAAAUUUACAAUGGCAUACAACUACAAGACCACAAGCACAAAAGAGCCUUGAGAGCAGAGGCAUAGUCAGGGCUGGGGGGCCGGUGGUCCCCCCUGGCAAAAUUUUGCCCCCCCCCCGAUAAAAUGUAUUGUAUAAAAAAGGGAAUCCUUGAUUAUAUAGCUUCAUGCUGUCAAUAAUGCAAAAAUUCUGUAGAAUAUAUGCUUUGCUGCACAUCAGUUCAAUCAGUGUGAAACCUGAAAUCUUGUUUGCUUAUUUGUGGCACACAGCUUGAAAUACAUACCUUUUCUAACCCUAAUUAUUUUAAUAUGUAUUAAAUGCGGGUUAGAUGAAGUUUAAACCAAUUUUUUUACCAGUGAAUUUUUAACGCGGGUUCGGUGAAAAAUCGCAUGUGUUGACAAUUAAUUUUACCCAGCACUGCACAGAAUACCUUGUGCGAACUUUGCGUCUCGAGUCACUAGCGCCUUGACCCCACCUGGGUUUUGCUGGCCCCCCUUGACCAAAAAUCCUGGCUAUGCUUCUGCCUUGACAGCAGACCUCACAGGAGUAGAAUAUAUGUGUGGGAAUGGAUGCUGUAUUGAACUUAAAGCAAAUUCCAAAAAUAAUCCACACCCGCCUAUUGAUGGGUUCAAUAAAAUUGAACCCCUAAGAAUACAGGGCCGACACAUACAUCCCCUGAUCAGAAAUUGAUAAUUUUUUCCUUGAUACCCCACAGAAAAAAUGCAAGGGAUCCUGAUCGAGUAGAUUGGGACAAGAUUUUGAAAUCAUGUGAUUUCUAACUUGACUUCUAACCCGAUUUCUGUUGAUUUCUAAACGAAUUUCUAUUGAUUUAUAAUGCGAUUUCUUGAUUUCUAACCCGAUUUCCUGAUUUCGGUGGGUGACCGUUGUCAUAUAGACUGUGGGUUCAAUAAUAAUGACAUUUUUGAGUGAUUUCUGACUUAAAAAUUCACUGAUUUCUCUUGUGAUUUCGGGUUUGAUUUCUGUUGAUUUCUGAGUCUAUUGUACAAGAUUUGAGUGGCUCAGCCGUGUCGGACCCCUCAAUCCUGAUGGAAAUAACUCCCCAUAAAUGACUUUUCGAACCCCCUCAGAAUUUCCCAUCCAUAGGGCCUCUGAGGGGGUGCCAUAUAUUUAAUAAAGCUUUAUAACCUUAUACAAACAUUUGAUAGCAUAUUUUGGGAUAAAUGAACCACAAAGCACAAUUAACAAUAUCAGGGUAAGCCCCUCUAAUAAUGAACCAAGAGUAAUAAAUAUAUGCAGAAUUAGUUAAGCCACUGUACCCAAUUUAUUUGACAGGCUGUAAACUAUGGUGGAGGAUCGAGUGGAUUUGAUCAAAGUUCCACAAGUGCAUGGUUACCAGAUCAUGAUUGUGAUUUCAGGUUCUGCAUUACAUAUGUUAUGAUACUUCAUUUAGGAUAAUUCAUUGUAAAUUAAUUACCAUAUCUAAUCAUUCUAAUGAUCAAUCACAAUGAGUUUUUACUUAUGGAUUUUCUCAUUUUUCUUGGGGGUGGGGGAAAUUGGGGGGAGGGGUAAACGACAGAGUGCCCGAGCAAGCUGCAGCAGGGGUCUGGCUGCACAGUUACUAAUGGGGGUAGGGGGCAAAGCCCCCAGAAAAGUUAGAGAUUUUUGGUCAUAUUUAGUUCGAAAUCUUUAUUUCAAUCACACUACUAUCAUUUAUCCCAAUGAGCAUUAGUUUAACUCUUCAUAAAGGUAAAUACUAUGCAAUCUAUACCAUAGUUCUAUGGCCAUAUAUAGCUUUUAGAAACCUGAAUGGCUGAAUUUCAAAUAUUUUUGAGAUGAGGAGCAUUCCGUGUACUCCCUAGGAAGCUUGCGUUUUUGGCACUCAUAUUUGUGCCCCCAUAAAAUUGAGUGUGAUACAGCGGCCCAUGCCAAGAUUAGAAAUCAAAAUAUAAAAAAUGUCUAAAAAAGAACUAUACAAUACAGUGUGAGUGAAUAAGUAGUGUGCAAGUGUAGAACAAGUAUAGCUCCCAACUUUCCUAUGUGCUAAAGGGACUGAAAAUUAGUAUGGUAUGUUGAGAGAUAAAAGUUCUCACUGGUUACAGUGUUCCUGACUCUUACCUAAACAACCUAAUGUUUUUUUUUAAUAUAAACUUACAGAUUAGUUGGCAGACCUAAAAAGAAUGUUGAUCCCAACCGGCUUAAGGAAAUGGUUGCAUUAGGUUACAAGAUCACCCAGAUGGCUACUCUUCUAGGGGUUUCUCGACCAACUGUCUACAAAUUGAUGGAAGAGCAAGGUAUUAGCCAUAAAGAUCGAUAUUCUAGUAUAUCUGAUAGUGAGCUGGAUGACAAACUGGUUGGAAUAAAAGUAAAUCACCCAAAUGUGGGGGAGGUAAUGACAGCGGGACAUUUGCGAGCGCGAGGCGUUCAUGUGAGACGAGCCGACUUGAGGGCUGCAUUGCACAGAGUUGAUCCUGAUGGCGUUGUGGAGAGACGUCGAUCACGUCUACGACAUCGAGUAUAUGACUGCCCCUGUCCUAACUACGUAUGGCACAUGGACGGAAACCAUAAACUUGUGAGGUGGGGGUUUGUCAUACAUGUUGCAAUAGAUGGGUUUAGCAGAUUAGUGACAUUUGCAGAAACAUCAACUAAUAAUGAAGCAAGAACUGUAUUAAAUCACUUCGUAUCAGCUGUGGAAACUUUUGGUCGGCCUUUACGAGUGCGAACGGACCACGGAGGUGAGAAUACAGACGUGUGGAGAAACAUGGUCGCCGCAAACGGGGAACAGAGUGUGAUUGUGGGAAGCUCAGUUCGGAACCAACGAGUUGAAAGGUUUAAUUUUGAUAUUAAUGCAAAUGUUACCAGACAAUUUGCUGCUAUUUUUCGUGAUCUGGAAUUUGAGGGGUGCUUGAGUGCUGCAAAUGAUACUGACUUGUUUUGCUUACAAUAUGUUUAUACUUCACGUAUUAACAAAGUGCUACACGAGUUUAUUGCUGCACAUAAUCAUCACGUCAUAUCAACAGAAGGUUCAUCCACACCACUUCAACUUUUCCAUGCCUACAGGCACCUCACAGAGCUACAUAGUUCAUUUUUUCACACAGACCCCUAUCCAACACUCAAUGUUCAAGAUCUAUUGAAUAAUUAUGGUUCCCUGCCGCAUGUAGAAGUAAGAACACGAACCUGUCCAUUGUCGGCCGAAAACUUCUUUCAGCUCCAAGAAACAACUGACCCACUGACAGUGUCCUUGGUCAAUGGAAAGGACUUGUACCACCAAGUAGUCGAAUUUGUUGUGACUUGUUUAUUACAAUAAAUGACAUUAUUAACAAUGAAGACUAAAUUUUUUGCCAAUAAACAUUAUUGAUAUUGUUACAGUAAAAUAUUUUACCAGC